AUGGGUAAGGAUUACUACAAAGAAGUAGCCGAAGCGUACGAUGUGCUAUCGGAUCCGAAGAAAAAAGAAAUUUAUGACAAAUACGGUGAAGAUGGCUUGAAAGGAGGUGGCGAGGGUGGCUUCGGUCCGGGCACUUACUACGAAUUCCAGGGCGAUCCGAUGCGAAUGUUCACGCAAUUCUUUGGCGAAGAUUCAUUUGCAUCAUUCUUUGGUGGUGGCGCAGGGCCGCAACAAGUAUUCUUUUCCACCGGUGGUGAUGAUAUGUUUGGUGGAAUGCCAUUUGGUCUAGGCGGUCAUGGGCGUCGGCAGCGUCAAGAUCCGGUGGUACAGCACGAACUGCCGGUAUCACUAGAGGAUAUUUAUAAGGGCACCACGAAAAAGAUGAAAAUCACUAGGAAAGUUUUGGGCCCUGAUGGACAGUCGACGCGUAUCGAAGAUAAGGUGCUUACAAUCAACAUCAAGCCCGGGUGGAAGAGUGGCACAAAAAUUACAUUCCCGAAAGAAGGUGACCAACAUCCAGGGCGUGUACCGGCCGAUAUCGUCUUUGUUAUCAAGGACAAGCAUCACCCAAAAUUCAAGCGUGAAGGUGCAGACAUCCGGUACAUUCACCGAAUUUCGUUACGUGAUGCACUCUGUGGAGUAUCAAUUCAAGUACCGACGCUAGACGGAACAACGUAUCCACUACGGAUCAGCGACGUUGUCAAACCGAACACCACUAGGCGAUUAACUGGACAGGGAUUGCCAAAUCCGAAGAUGGCUGGACGAAGGGGUGAUUUGAUUGUCGAAUUUGACGUCAGAUUCCCCGAUUCAAUCCCGGAAGGCGCGAAAGCAUUGAUUAUGAAUGCCUUGCCGGCGUAA